GCCAUCACGAUGAGACUGAGGCGUAAUGUGCGUUGGUGGGCCAAGGUCAGUGUGGCAGCCUUCCUAUUCCUGCUUGGGACAUACCUGACUGUACGCCAGGCUCAGCAAGAUGCUUCUCUUGGGGACAAGCGGGUGGUCAGGGUUCAGGAGGACGAAGGGAGUGAGUCUGACUCAGGGAAGAACCCAGGGUCAAGGGCGAGAAAAGACGUGGAGCAAGACAAGCUUCCUGAACCCCCAGGCUACAAGGAUUGGAACAACUAUGAGCUGCUAGAGCGAGAGAAGAGCCAGGUUGGCCCGGGAGAGCAAGGUCAGGCAUUCAUCCUGCCAGCGGGUCACCAAAGCCAGAAGGACCAGCUCUACAAGGUCAAUGGUUUCAAUGCCCUUGUCUCAGACUACAUUGCACUCAACCGAACGCUGAAUGACCUCAGGCACCCCAAGUGCCAGGAGAAGGUGUACCUGAAGUCACUUCCCACAGCGUCUGUGGUGGUCCCCUUCCACAAUGAGCAUUGGACAACUCUCCUUCGGACUGCGAUAUCGGCUAUCAACCGUUCACCAGAAUCCUUGCUGGCUGAGGUCAUCUUGGUGGAUGAUGCCAGUACUAAAGAAUUCCUGAAGGACAAGUUGGAUAAUUAUGUAAAGGCGCACUUGCCAAAGGUGAAAGUCCUUCAUUUAACAAAGCGAUCGGGCCUCAUUCGUGCUCGAUUGGCUGGUGCAAAGGUGGCCAAAGGUGACGUCCUCAUUUUCCUUGACUCCCAUACAGAGUGCACCACCAACUGGCUACCUCCAUUGCUAGAUCCCAUAGCUCAGGAUUAUCGAACGUGUGUCUGCCCAUUCAUUGAUGUAAUCGACUUCGAAACAUUUGCCUACCGAGCCCAGGAUGAAGGUGCGCGAGGAGCUUUUGACUGGGAACUAUUUUAUAAGCGUCUGCCCUUACUGCCCAAAGAUAAGGAAAACAUGCCUGAACCUUUUAAGAGCCCUGUCAUGGCAGGAGGCCUCUUUGCCAUCAGUACCAAGUUCUUCUGGGAAUUAGGGGGGUAUGACCCUGGCCUCGACAUCUGGGGUGGGGAGCAAUACGAGCUUUCCUUUAAGAUCUGGCAGUGUGGUGGUACCAUGGUGGAUGCCCCUUGCUCUCGCAUUGGUCAUAUCUACAGGAAGUUUGCCCCAUUCCCCAAUCCUGGGAUGGGUGACUUUGUUGGUCGGAACUACCGCCGUGUGGCUGAGGUUUGGAUGGAUGAGUAUGCAGAGUAUAUCUACAAGCGUCGGCCACACUACCGCAAUAUCGACCCGGGUGAUCUUUCAGAGCAGAAGGCCAUCCGUGAGAAGUUGCAGUGCCGACCGUUUCGCUGGUUCAUGGAGGAAGUUGCACCUGACCUAGUCAAAGUGUAUCCUCCUGUUGAGCCUCCAGACUUUGCUAGCGGGAGGAUCCAAAGUAUUGUAGACUCAAACCUUUGUGUUGACACAAGAUACAAGCGGCAUGGGGACCGAUUUGGGCUGCAGGAAUGUGGACAUGGGGGUGAGCAGUCCUUCCACUUGACCUGGCACAAGGACAUACGGCCAGGGAAGCGUUCUGUGUGCUGGGAUGUCUCCAGUGGUGAUGCCCAGGCACCUGUUCUGCUCUACAACUGCCAUGGCAUGGGAGGAAACCAGAUGUGGAAAUACGAUCCCGAUAAAAAGUGGCUAGUUCAUGGAGGGAACCCAAGAUGUUUGGACUGCAAUCCAGGAAACAAGGAGCUCUUUGUAGCCAUGUGUGACCCAAGCCGCGACACUCAGAAGUGGAGCUUUGAGAAGUAUGAUGCUCAGCGACUGGCUAAGUGGGAUCAGGCAGGACCUGGUUUGUAGUUACUUGACUUGCCCAGCCUCUCAUUCUUCCGAAGUAUUGUUAGAAAAAGUUUGAUUCCUAUAGUUAAAAAAAAAAA